AUGGAUAACAUCGACAUCAACUCGGAGUAUUCAGAAUCCUCUUCAAUUACAUUCGAGUGGACCCUUAGUGGGCUCAAAAGUCUUUUCGAUUCAACGAAAGGCGAUAAGAAAUCAAAAGUCACUAAAUCCAUACGCUUUGGAAAUAAUAGGUGGCAGAUUCUCUUUUACGCUAACGCUGGGCCAACAAAGGAUGGAACAGAGGGAGGAGGAUUUGUGAGCCUAUAUCUCUCAUGCGAACCCACUGUCGAAGAAAAGGAGGCUUCACUAUGGGUCCGCGAAGGAGUCUAUAAAUUCAGUUUUGAGCUUAGGAAUGUGGGUAAGAAUGUGCUGUACAAUGCUAAAGAAGCACAUAAUCAUUCCUUUACGUACAAAACCGCCAACUGGGGAUGGGCACAAUUUGCUCGGAGAGACAGUGUAUACUACCAGUCAUUGCCAGUAAAGGCCCAAGACGCUUUUGUGAUAAUUUGCACCAUUACUUCAUCGCCCGCCGCACCUAGCCAAACUUUACCCCGUCAACCUGUUCCUAAGGCUCUAUUGGACACAGUCGGAUCAUUGCUAGAUGAUCCUCUCUAUUCGGAUGUUCAAUUUAUUAUUCCGAACCGACACCAGAGCCUCAGCAAUGCCCGAAAAAUUUGGGCUUCCAAGAAGUUACUUCAACGGUCUGAAUAUUUCGAAACCAUGUUUAAUUCCAACUUCGCUGAAGGCGUUUCCGAUCCCCUGGAGCAAUCAAUUGGAACACCGCAAACAAUCUCACAUACAUCAAGGCGAAGCCAUCGGCGGCUCAAUAUGAUUCUUGAUGAAUUUGAGGACUCUGAUAACGAUGACGAAGAAUUUUCGGAGUCCAGGAGCCGUCGGUUAUCAAGUUCAGACGGGACAGACGACUUCGCUCUGUCUCUGCCCGACUCUAACACGGAGGAUGGCGAUAGAUCAGAGACACAAUCCACCAUAUCUGAAGCUCAUUUCGCUAGCCCUCCGACCGAGCCAUUUUCCGAACCUGUCAAAUCAAUUCAAGAGACCAUUGCCAGCGUACCUCCCAAGAUGACAAUCGUUGUUCGUGAUGCUGCUUACAACACCUAUCGUGCCAUGCUGUAUUACAUCUAUACAAAUAACAUUGUUUUUGCCCCUUUGUCUUCAUCAUUUCUCGCAAUGCCGCAAGAUGGCACCCUUCCCCCAUCUGAAAGCAUUCCUUCUACACCGUCAGAGGGAUGCCAAGUUCCUGGAGCAAAGCGCAUAUCUUCUAGGGAUCAAUCAUCUUCGCGAGCCGAAUGGAUCAAAGAGUGGAUGGCUGCAAAUCCUGGAAGGCCAGCUCCAUGUUCAGCUAAAUCUAUGUACAGAAUUGCUGAUAGACUUGAUAUGAGCGACUUAAAAGAACGCGCUGCUCAACAUAUCCUGAAGUCUUUAACUGUUGACAACAUCGGAUAUGAAGUCUUUUCGCCUUUUGCCGCAGCAUUUGAAGCAAUACGCAAGGUGGAGGUAGAAUUUUUUCUGUCUCACUGGCAUGAAAUUCGUGCCUCCGAGACCAUGAAAAAUGUAUGGCUGCAAAUUAGGAAUGGAAGGCAUCCUGGUUUCGAAGAAGUAUGGCCUUUGAUUGCUCAAAGCUUAGAGUUUAAUCCCAGUACUGGUUCUGGGACCUCAACAUCUCCUAAAGCCAUAGACACCUAG